UGUCAUACUGACAUAAUAUUGUAAAUUGUAAAGUCGACGGAACUUUGUUCUUGUGACUAAUAAUUUUUGAGUUUGUGUUUAAUUCUCGACUUUGAUUCGCGAAAAAACGUGAAUUUAUCGAAUAACACAUAUAACAGUGCAAAAUGGCGAACCUAAAGUCGGAUUUGGAUGAAUACUUGCUACAAAACGAGAGUCGUCGGAGUUACAAAAUCAGUUUACCAUUCUCGACUCCUAGUUUUUUCUCUAGAAGUAAUGAGGAAACUCCCACUAGCAGUACCAGCUCAACCGGAACUUGGUUUGAGAACGUACAGAAAGAAUACUUUACCUUGAGUCGCACACAAAGGUUUAUGGGAUUUGGCAUAUGCUUGUCGCUGGGAGUUCUCUGCUUCAUCCUGUCGUUCUUAUACAUACCAUUCUUACUCUUACAAGCCAGGAAAUUUGCUCUUCUGUUCACAUUGGGAAGUGUCUUCUUCAUAUUUAGCUUUAGUUUUCUCUACGGACCUUGGGCACAUAUGAAGUCACUGUUUUCCAAGGAGCGAGCGAUCACAACACUAUUAUACGGGUUUACUUUAGUAGCAACACUAUAUUGUGCACUGCACUUGCAGAGUACUGCGCUAACAAUCAUCUGUGCAGUUGCACAAGUCCUUGCACUCAUGUGGAUGAUGCUGGGUUCCAUUCCCGGGGGAUCAUCUGGCGCGAGGGUCUUCGGAAGCAUGUUCAAGUCCUCAGUAUCAAAUACUUUGCCUAUUUAACAGAGAAUUCAACACAUUUUUUUAAUGUGUGGUCGCCUGUACUAUUUUUAAGAUUUUUUUGUAUAUUUUCUUUUCUUUAAUGUUAGGCUAUAACUUAUACUUUUGAAAUAUUGGAAGUAAUGAUAUGUUAUAAAAUAAUAUGAUUUAUUGUGGCUAAGAGGUAAAAGAGUUGUGAGUCUAAUAAACUGCAUUCUCAGGCCAUCAACUCACACUCACUUUAAAUUAUUGUAUUUCAACUUGUAAUAUAAAAAUUGUACCUAUUUUCAAAAAUGUAAAUUCUUAUUAGUGUUUGUUGAUUUUGUUUAAAUUUACUUAAGAAUUAAUAAAGUCAGUAAAAUUAAUUUAAUUCAAGCAAAAAAUUUUGUUACUGGUACAACUUUACAGGUAUGAAAGUCAAUUAAUAGUACAAUUGAUUUUUAGAUCAAUUAAGUGAAGUAAAUUAUCAAAAAUAUCAGCGAUAAGUACAUCUUCAUGCUUUGUGCAUACAAAUUUUUAAAUUAAAAAGUAGAAAAAUGGACUUAUCACUCUUUACCUCUCAGCUACCUAUAUGCUCAAUAGCACAUAUUCACUGAAUAAAAUAAUCACAGACUUGCAAUAUUUAUGUAACUUGUUAUGAUACGAGAUUGCAUAAAAAAGCCAUUAUUUUUGACAUCAUUUAGCGUAAACUGUCAUGGUAGCUAUUUCAUCAUUUAAGGCUGGCUUACAUUAUACCAGUUACUGGAUACAAUACGAUCAAUCUUACGCCCAAGUACUGUACGCCUUCCUGUCCAGCUGUGUAACAAUCAUUUAUGACUGCACAUUGCUAUCUUAUCGCAUGAUGUCAAAACCUACAUGGGGAAGGUAAGGAACAAGAUCGCACGCAUAUUAUAUAAAUAAAGCCUUAAGAAAAUUCAUGUCAAGAUAUAAAAA